CUCUCCGAAGAACACAAAGUAACUACUCGCUGUGUAACAUGGAAGAGGGCGACUUUCCUCCCCUCCGUGGCUCUGCACAGAUAACACGGAUAAUGUGGUCGUUUAAUACUCGCUGAAGAGCCUCACGGUGCUCUGCCUCCGCCGUCUGCACUGCACUGACUCUACCAACAGUACAGCAAAGGGAUGACGCCAUUUCUGUAGCUGACAGUCGGACAGAAAGGAGAACACCAGCGCAGGGGCGCUAAAUAUUGCUGGGACCCAUGCACACAAUUCACCCACCCAUGCUUAGAGAUCAUUUCUCUCCGAGACAAAUCUCUUUUGUCUUUUUUUUUUUUAACUGUUCGUUUUCGCUCUGUGGUCUCGGCGCAGCUGCUCUCUGCAGACUACACACGACAGGAAAAAAAUAAAAAAAAUAUAAAAAAAAAUAAAUAAAUAAAGCGAUAAUAACUCCGCUAAACACAGUCACAAAACGUCUAUUUAAACAUGUCACGUCGUUAAACCGUUACGCAGCGACAGCGUUGAGUUAAACAAAGUGAGAGGGGGAUGAAAACUCACUUUACUUGCUCUCAAAAUGUUCUCUUUAUCGACAGCUCCGACAUUUCGCGGACUGUUUUUGAUUGAGCUUGUUUCUGACAAAGAAACAACUCGACGGAGCGGUUUUGCAGCAAGGUCAAGCCCGAGGAAAGAAUCGUCUCGGUUCCCCCGCCCGACGUUUUUUAUUUUUGAGUGAAGAGCCAAGGUCGGCAGCCCCGCAUUUCUGUGGCUCGGAAUGAUCGCGGAGGAUACGAGAUCAUCCGCCCCAGACGGUUCAGCGAGAGAAUGACUGACCGCCGCCGACAAAACACGGCUAGUCCAGAAACAUGUCCGUCUAAACCUCAUUUACUGGUUGAUUCCUUUCCAUAUUCUUUAUCAGAAAUGUGCUGGUCACGCACACAUCCACCGGGACUUCUCCCCUCGAAUCGGAUCGCAUCAGAUUGGGUUGCUCGGUACAAACGAAGCAGCCCAUCUGCUCCAGCCUACACCGGGACAAGUCGAUGAUGAGAAGCUAACGACACCGAUGGCACAAAAGAACCCCCUGACAGUGCAGUUUACCUGUUAAACUACGCUGUUUGCCCGCUGUUCGACGACUCGCAUCCCGCAGUCAUGUAAAACAGAAAGAAAAAAACAAAACACCUUCAACGAGUCCCCCCUGAUUGUUUCGAAUAAUAUUACUUUCCAACGUCCGUGACAGGCGCUGCUCGACUACAGUCUCCCCGAGGAUUCCUCCGCUCAGCAACACAACACUACGUUUAAAGGAGAGUUAUCUGGAAGCGAUGGACGGUUCCUCUAAACUUGCUUCUGACCGAAUUUUGCUAGAACCAUACAAGUACUUAUUGCAGCUGCCAGGAAAACAAGUAAGGACAAAACUCUCCCAAGCAUUUAACCACUGGCUUAAUGUACCAGAAGACAAACUGCAGGUGAUCAUUGAGGUGACGGAGAUGCUGCACAACGCCAGCUUGCUGAUAGAUGACAUUGAGGACAACUCAAAGUUGCGUCGAGGCUUCCCGGUGGCACACAGCAUCUACGGCAUUCCCUCGGUGAUCAACUCUGCCAACUACGUCUACUUCCUGGGGUUGGAGAAGGUGCUGACCCUGGAGCACCCCGAGGCGGUGCGGGUGUUUACCCGCCAGCUGCUGGAGCUGCACCGCGGCCAGGGCCUGGACAUCCACUGGAGGGACACCUACACCUGCCCCACGGAGGAGGAGUACCGCCACAUGGUGCUGCAGAAGACCGGGGGCCUCUUUGGCCUGGCCGUGGGCCUGAUGCAGCUCUUCUCAGACUGGAAGCAGGACCUUAAACCACUCCUGGACACACUGGGCCUCUUUUUCCAGAUCCGGGACGACUACGCCAAUCUGAGCUCCCAUGAAUACAGCGAGAACAAGAGUUUCUGUGAGGACCUGACUGAGGGCAAGUUCUCAUUUCCAACUAUUCAUGCCAUUUGGUCGCGUCCGGAAAGCACCCAGGUGCAGAACAUCCUGAGGCAGCGCACAGAGAACAUGGACAUUAAAAAAUACUGCGUGGACUACCUGGAGAAGGUGGGCUCGUUCGCCUACACCCGUCAGACCCUGCGGGAUCUGGAGGCUGAGGCCUACCGCCUCAUUAGGGAGUUUGGGGGGAACCCUCAACUGGAGAGCCUGGUUAAACAGCUCAGCUGCAUGCAUAAUGAAGCCGAAGCCUCAGCAGAAUACAGCAGAGAGCCACACUUGAGCCAAAACCACUGACCCCCCCCCCCCCCCCCCCCCCGACACUCCAUCAUGUUCCCAUUUUCCUAAACUCAGCAGAUUAGCCGAUGCACAUUCCUGAAGAGCUCCAAACUUACUGCUGUGUUUUAAUCAGACCGCUGUGACAGCAGCGAGCUGAUUUGAGUAGAGGAGCUCCAAAUAUUACUUUUUUCUGAGCUCAAAUGUGGCUUAAAAUAGUCUCCAUGGCUAAUUCUUACAUCAGAAGUGCUGCAGUGCUCUCAGGAAUAAAGAUCAAGCAGCAAAACUAGAGUCAGUUUUUGCUUUACCACUUGACAAGAUUUUUAGAAAAUCUUGAAAGCCUUUGUUUUGAUGCACACUCCAGUGGAUCUAAGUGCUUUUUGUCUGUUCCAGUUAACACUGUUAAUUGAGUGAAUGUUGUUUUGACUUAAAUCUCUUAACUAAACCCGUAUCCAUCUGAUUUGAGGUUCCUUAAUGACUAAAUCAGCAGGACGCCAAACCUGCAGUCAACUGUGCAGCUGUUGAGUCUGAUUGCUGUGUAACAAUACUGGCUUUACGUGCGCAGUUAUGAGGUUUCUCCUGCAGAUGUUUUACAGCACAAAUCCCCACAGUUGCUGUGAUGCUCACAUAUUUAUAUAUUGCCACUGCUGUAAUCUUGGAUCUUGUUUGCACCUGUUGAAUAAAAAAUAUUUAAUGAUAAA